GCAACGGCCGAGGCAGAGGCAGAGUCUGAGUCGGCGCCCGGCGAUUUGCAGCAGUUCCGCCGUGAUCUGUCUGGAUAUAUACUCGGGAGAGUGAUUCAUCAAGGUGAUGAAGCUUGUGAACAGCCAGAGGGAUGUUCAAUGAGGAUACAAUUCUGGAAUUAGCAGCUGAGCCACAGGGAGAGUUUACCCAGUGAAGUUCGAUCCACGUCAGGGAUUAGCUAAACUUUUUAACACUUUGCUGUUAAGCAUUCAAUGGAUGUUUUAUUUAUUGGGAAGGACAAAAAAAAUUGACUUUAUUCCAGACAAGCAUUUUCAGUAGUUGGUUACGUCAUCAGCAGCAACAUAUGAGCAAAAUUCUAAUUUCACAGACAAAUUUAUUGUUUAAUAAUCUGGAGAAAAGUAAGUGUCGGUUUGGAGCAGGGUGAAAUUUGCAACACUGCCACUUAGUGUGAAUCUCUGGAAGCUCUUUCUGCUGGAAACAUGUCGAGCACCAGCCUGCCCCCUCUGCGUAACCUGCCCCAGUGGUCUCAUGUGGGGACGCUUGAUAGAACUCGGUAUCCUUGCUCGUUCUCCCAGAAUAACAUUCAUCCAAUCCCUCUGUCUCCUGCCUUGAAGACAAGUAAACCAGAGGCCCCUCAACAGCCUAGCCAUGUAAAUGAGCACUGCGAGGUGGAUCCAAACCUGAGGGCGACCACGCUGGAGAGGAAUCUCAAGUUCCUGCAGGAGCAGCACUCUGAAACCCUGGAGAAGCUGCACAAGGAAAUUGAGCUGCUCAAGCAGGCCAAUCAAGAUCUCAUUUUUAGGAUGAUAAUGAACCAGGAGUUGAUCGAUCAAGAUCUUAAACCAGGAGAGUCGGUGGAAAUGAAGCACGGAACUCUGAAGUUGCAUCUGAACAAAAUGUUGGGAACCUUAUCAUGUGCUGGUCAGACAACUUCACUCACAGACGCUGCCCAGAUGAUUUGCAGAGAUCACUCUACAGGUAAGAAGCAUUCUCAGAAGGGAGCCCAGCGCCGCCCCGUACUGCCAGAGGAUGGGGUCAGAGAGCAGAAGGUAGCCCAGAAAGAGCUCCAGAAACCCAGCUCCACUCGACGCAAGCUCUCCACAGACACAGCAGCCAUGAGAUCUGUCUGUUGUAGGAGCAAUGGGACGGCACCCUGCCCACAGGCUUGUGCGGCUUUGCCCGUGCUGACUCUUCAUCCCGAACCGGACGAGGCACAGAUGCUCAUCACAUCUCUCACACCUCUUUUGAUCAAGGUUACUCCUUCGGGCACUCCUCGGGCUCCAACGCUGCAGGAGUGCGCUGUUAUUGUCCGACACUUGCACAACACCAGCAGCCUGCAGUCUCAGGAGCUCCUACGUCUGAAGACGAGUUUAAAGGAUAUGUUAUGCUCCAACAAAUGGACUCUGGAUGCCUACCUCCUCGCAAAGGCCUACCUAGCUGAGCUGAGUCAGCAUGAAGCCACGGUGACCAAAGCAGACAGAGUCAUUCUCCCUGCCCUGAAACAGACGGUGGGGACUCAAGCCGCAGAGCGACAGCGGCGACUGCGGGCUGUGCGGAAGAGCCAUUACCGCAAAGUCCUUCUGUAGAACUGGCGCUCACAAAGGAAUAUGUGCUCACUGGAUUUAUAUCUGUUGAAAACUCAGAGCACGGCCAAUGCUCUGUCAGUGGAUUGGCUGUGUGGGUUUAUUCCAUAGGGAUUCUGCUUUACUAUGCAUUAAAACA